AUGUACUUCUUUCUGUCCAAUUUCUCCUUCCUUGAGAUCUGGUACGCUACCUCCAUUGCCCCUAAGAUGCUGCAGACCCUUCUCUCAGGUCCUGAGGUGAUUUCUUUUGUAGGUUGUGUGGCCCAGUUUUACUUCUUCGGGUCAAUGGCAGUAGUUGAGUGUUUUCUACUGGCAGCCAUGUCUUAUGACCGCUACCUGGCCAUCUGCAGCCCCCUCCAGUACUCAUCCCUCAUCCACACACGUUUCCUGUUUGCAGGUGGGUCUUGGCUGCGUGGCUUCCUAACCCCUGUGGUCACUGUCACCAUGACUUUCCAGUUGCCAUUCUGUGCAGCCUAUAAUAUUGACCACUUCUUCCGUGAUCUUGCCCCAGUGAUAGAGCUGGCCUGUUCUGAUACUGAGACAGUAGAGAAAACCACUUUCAUCCUGGCCUCCUUCAUUACCAUGGUGCCCUUCCUACUCACUGUAGCCUCCUAUAUCCACAUUGUUGCUGCUGUCUUCAAGAUUUCAUCAACUGCAGGAAAGCAACAGGCCUUCUCCACCUGCUCCUCCCACCUCAUAGUGGUAACUCUGUACUAUGGAACACUGGGAACAGUGUAUGCCAUUCCCACAGCAACCCAGGCUGCUGCCCUUAACAAGAUCUUCUCCAUGCUCUACACUGUGGUCACUCCCAUGGUCAACCCCAUUGUGUACAGCCUGAGAAACAAAGAUGUUAAAAAUGCAGUAAGGAGGCUCAUGAGUCAAUGGGCAUAUACUAAGGAAACCUAA